CAAUCUAGUAAAUUAAUGCAACUCUGGCCCUCUUCUGUUCUCUCUUUCGCCCGCCUUUCCAAUUUCAUCACAUUUUCUCCAGUAUUAGUCAGUCAACAGCCAUCUUUUUCUCAGUCUCUCCGUUCACAUUAUAAAAUUUUCCACCAUCUCUUUCGACGAAAGACAUGGUGGAAAGCUUUCAUCUCCAUUUCUCCUUAACUUCGAAUAAUCUUACAAGAAAAUUUGACGUAUAUACAUCUCAUACCUCACCAACUCUCUCCUAUCUCUCCUUCACAAUGAAAAAUCUUCUCCACUGCAUCAUUUUCACAGUCUUCUGCAUCUUAAUCUUCAUCCCUUCAUCUCACUGUGACGAUGCGCUGUUCGAGGAAUGCAGACGCAUCUACCCUUUGUCAUGUGGGUCGCAUAGUGAGCUGAAUAUAUCUUAUCCUUUCUGGGUAAACGGCCGGUCUCGGCGGUGUGGUCGAGCAGAAUUCGAGCUCACAUGUGAAGAAGACAGUAUUCACCCUGUGCUAAAUUCUCCGCCCCAGAAGUUUCGAGUUUUAGCCAUCAACACAACUGAUCAAACAGUGACAAUUUCAAGAAAAGAUCUCCCUGGGGACUUUUCUUCUUGCAUUGACGGAUCCGAAGUUAGCGUCAAUUUCAACCGAUUUCUCUACAGCUACAGCUCAAACGUUCGAAACCUGAGCUUAUUCUAUAACUGCACUGAUGAAACCCAGCUGGGUCGAAAUAAUUAUACUUGCUAUCAGCAGGGAAUUGAAGUGAGGAGAGGCUUUUACACCAUUGAUGGCGAGUUGGAUUAUUUUCCGAAUCAUACAGAUACUUCAACAUGUAGCGAGGUUACAAAAGUCCCUAUUCGGCUGAUUGAUGGUCAUGUUAACUCUGAAGCUCGUGAAUUCCUGGUGUGGCUGGAAACCAACUUAUAUAUGGGGUUAGAAGUGAAGUAUGACGCGGAGAACGGACUCUGUUCGGCGUGCCAAUUGUCCGGUGGGAUAUGCGGAUCUACUGAGUCGAAUCCGGGGAAAUUUUUGUGCCUUUGCCGUGAUAAAACUCACCCUCAUGCUUGUCCUGGCAACUCUCUUUAUUUGGGACGGAAGCUUGGAACAGGCGUUGCUUCUGCAAUAAUCACAAUAAUCAUCAUAAGUAUAAUGCUCUGCAUAUGCAGAAGGAAGAAAAUGUUAUCAAUUAUGACAAACUUCUUGUCCAGGAAUUUGACAAAGAAUGUAGAUUUUGAGGCCUUCAUUCGAGAUUGUGGAUCCAUAGCUCCUAAAAGAUACAGCUAUUCAGAAGUUAAGAGAAUGACCAACUCAUUCAAAGAUAAACUAGGCCAAGGAGGUUAUGGUGGUGUGUACAAAGGGAAGUCAUUGGAUGGAAAUAUUGUAGCAGUGAAGCUCCUAAAUGCCUCAAAAGGGAAUGGUCAAGAAUUCAUUAACGAAGUUGCAAGCAUUAGUAAAACAUCUCAUGUUAAUGUUGUUAGACUACUUGGUUUUUGUUUAGAGGGCAACAAGAGAGCUCUAAUCUAUGAAUUCAUGGUGAAUGGUUCCUUGGAAAAAUUCAUAUACAAUGAGAAAAAUUUGCAGGCUAGUCAAUGUUUAGGAUGGGAAAAAAUGUAUGAAAUCGCCAUUGGAAUAGCUCGAGGAUUAGAGUACUUGCAUCGCGGGUGCAGCACAAGAAUUUUGCAUUUUGACAUAAAACCUCAUAACAUUCUUCUUGAUGAAAAUCUAUGUCCAAAGAUCUCUGAUUUUGGCCUUGCAAAAUUAUGCCUCAACAAGGAGAGCAUUGUGUCGAUGUUAGAGGCUAGGGGGACAAUUGGGUAUAUUGCACCAGAAGUAUUUAUGCGAAACGUCGGAGAAGUUUCACAUAAGUCUGAUGUUUACAGCUAUGGAAUGAUGAUCCUAGAGAUGGUUGGAGGAAGAAAGAGCCAUGAUGUUGAAGGUGCUCUUCAUUCCAGUGAAAUGUAUUUUCCGCAUUGGAUUUACAAGCAUCUUGAGCAAGGCAAAGAGUUAAACUGGCAUGGAGUUAAUAGCAGUGAGGAAAAUGAAAUUGCAAAGAAGAUGAUUAUUGUUGGUUUAUGGUGCAUACAGACACGACCAUCGGAUAGGCCAUCCAUGAAUAAGGUAUUAGACUUGUUACAAGCAGGUUCUGAAGACUUGCUAAUUCCACCUGAGCCUUUUUUAUUUUCAUCUUCUUCUAGGCCGCCAAUAUAUUCUUCAACUGUAUCUAUGUCAUGAAUUAAUCCUUGGAAAAUGUAAUGCAUAGGUUUCCUUUUGUAGUCUCUAUAACUAACAUGGCAAAAAUAAAUAGUUUACAAAGGGCCUUGUGAACCAAUCA